UUUCAUGUACGGUAUUUGUAUAUGGCUUUGUUAGCGCUAGUGAAUGCCUAGUCUGGCUAGAAUCCACAGUGUGCCAUGAAAAUGCAAGGGGCUUCUGUUAGGACCCAGAAGCUUUCCAGUGGUUCAUCACUGUCUACUUCCUUUGUGCUCCUUGGUGCUCUCUGCCAGCAAGCUCUCAGACGAAAGUCAAGAUGGAGAUCUAACUCUACGAGAACUUCUUAACCUAACUUUGUUGCAGAGGGGAUUUGAUCCAUUGCCUCCAUUUGUUCUCAGCUGCCCUACUGCAGCUACCACCUUUCUUGGUGCUACCAAGUCAGCUGAUGCCAUGGACAUGUUCCAGAAAUAAUUUUCUUUUAAUAAUUGGAUCACUCCACAAAUCUGAUUUGAAACAUGGCUGCACAGUAUUUGAAAUAAUCAGCUAGGAAGCAGUAACAUGAGACAUGGAAUCUGCGAAAGAGAACAAUGUGGAACUGCAUCCCCAGAAAAAAAAAACCUAGUUUCAAAACCUGCAGAUAUCUUCCUUGGGCAGAGCAUUGUUAUGAUGGGUGCUCCAUGUAGUGAUGCUCUGAGUUACAUUUUUCCAACAGCAAAUCUGACUCAACUAAAUUCCUUCUUAUCUUCCCAUCUCAAACAUUUCUCCUGCCUUCCUCCAUCUUACCAGUGAAGGUUUGUGAUCUGUAGCAUAUAACAAAUCCCACAGAUCAGCCACAUCAUUCAAGUCUAAUUAGAAUACAAGCAGCAGAAGGUGUAAAUUUGUCAUCCUUUACCGUGUGCUCCUACUUCAUUCCUAUUCUUCCUCAGGUUUGAAGAAAAUCCUCACAGGAUGUUUUCUAGAGCCUCAGACAUUGCUACAGCUAUUCACUGUGCAUCUUCAAAGUGCAGUAUUUCAUUUUCAAAGUAACAGAAAUGAUGUUUCUAGGUAACAUCUUUGCUUUCAGUCCUUCUACAAAAGACAAUGAAAUCUGACAGAACCCAGAAGAGAAUGUAGAUGAGAGGAAGCACACUUGGGGCAAACACAAGAGACGUGGCUGUUACUGCAGGCCAGGAAUGCAGUUCUGCUUCUUUUCUGUUACACCACACCAGAUAACAGUAAAAGGGCUCAGGACUUUCCUUUCCAAAAAAUAGCCAUUACAGCUACUAGUUUUUAGAAGGAAUGAUUUUAAUGCCACAGCAGAAAAAUGAAAUGAGAAACAUACAAUUCCCUGCACAACUUCAUUACACAUAGAAAGGAACUCAGCAACAGAUGUAUGCCAUUUUCACGGUUUUGUCGACUGUUAUCUUACAGGCACACCAUGUUUCCAAGGAAUUUGAAUACACGUCAGACUGCAUUUCCAGAAAUAGCAAAGCACAGAACAAAUAUCCCACUUCCUAUAUAAGGUGCUUCAGAAAGCAGCAGUUUGGUGAAGCAACAAAGGUAGCCUGGUAAAGUUUCAGAGCAUUUCUAAGCUUUCACCAGUUUUCCUCUGUAAUUUCUUUCUGCUAACCUGUCUGCUGCAGUUAUUACAUCUCAUUUAUAGAAGAAAACACAGUAAGUAAUAAUCUCUUUUGACAGGAUACAUUGCCUUUUUGCAUGCAACAAAUGUGCUUUCUCUUUAUAUCCGUUUUUAGAAACAAUUGCACAUCAUUCAAAUAAGGAGAAGUAAAGCACCGCCUAAUGAGGACAAUCAUGUUUCUCAGAGUUGCUCUGCUAGGAAUUCUCCUUCUCAGCAUCCUCGGGACAGAAACUGCUCUGGCUGGCUCCAGUUUUUUAAGCCCCGCAUAUAAAAACAUACAGCAACAAAAGGAUACAAGAAAACCAACAGGAAGAUUACAUCGCAGAGGCACAGAAAGCUUUUGGGAUACAGAUGAAACAGAAGGAGAAGAUGACAAUAACAGCCUUGAUAUCAAGUUUAAUGUUCCUUUUGAAAUUGGUGUCAAGAUAACAGAAAGAGAGUAUCAAGAAUAUGGACAAGCGUUGGAGAAGAUGCUACAGGACAUUCUUGAAGAGAAUGCUAAAGGUAAUUUCAAACAAGUCAUAAAUGCAGAAACUUAAAACAAAAAACAAAAGCCACCUC